CCAAGGACAACCUCAACCACCAACACCAUGUGUGGCAGCUACUACGGAAACUACUAUGGCGGUCGUGGCUAUGGCUGCUGUGGCUACAGAGGCCUGGGCUAUGGCUAUGGAGGCCUGGGCUGUGGCUAUGGAGGCCUGGACUGUGGCUACGGAGGCCUGGGCUGUGGCUAUGGAGGCCUGGGCUAUGGCUACGGAGGCCUGGGCUGUGGCUAUGGCUCCUGCUAUGGCUGUGGCUUCCGCAGACUGGGCUGUGGCUAUGGCUGUGGCUAUGGCUAUGGCUCCCGCUCUCUCUGUGGCUGUGGCUAUGGCUGUGGCUCAGGCUAUGGCUCUGGCUUUGGCUACUACUAUUGAGGACACCACGGAGACUCUCUCCCUCUGCAUCUGUGACAUUGGGAUUCACCAGUUCUGAAAUCCACAUGUUCUGUGCCU